AUGGCAAAUCCUCAGCGGCAGACUUCAGCUGCCUCGAGCCGCUACUUCACUUCAAGCACCAUGAGUGAUUUGCAGCGAAUUGAGGAUCUCUACAACCGCCUCAGUGCGGUUGCCCAAGAUGACUUUGUCAUCAGAGAACGCGAGAUCAAGGCUGAGUGUGAGAACCAGCAACUGGCCUUCCUGUAUCGCCAAGAUGUGCCGCCAGAUGUCAAGGGCAUGCUGCGGUAUCUUCUCCUGGAGAAUCGAGAUCUGCACCUUGAGAAACUGCAGCUAUCAUAUGAGGCUAGGAAGAAAGACAUACUCGAAGGCAAGAGGACAGAAGAGCGUGACCUGCUCACGAGGAUGGGUACCAUGUACAGCGAGUCGAAACCAGUCCCCGUGAGCACCCCCGUCGCCAGUCCUCGCAUGUCGGAAGUUAGCCCCGCCGUCUCGCCGUUGGCAAACAGCAAACCAUCGCCAGUUCCCAGUUCGACACCGUUGCCAUCAAAUCUCACCGAGCAACGCUCGCCAAGAAACGCAUCGCAACCCCCGGCCUCGUUCCGGCCGUCCCCCCUUAACCCUGCUGCAGGCAGCAACACCUCUGUUGGCGGACCCUCCCACCGAUCAGGCAACAACUCGCCUCUGCAGCAGCCCGAUGCUGGUCGAGCUGGCACACCGAGAAUCCUGUCUGCUAAACCGACGCCGAGGGCCUCCCCUGUUCCGCGUCAACUGCAACAGACUGCAAACAGCCAUUUGCAGGCACACGCGGCCUCACCGCAGUCCGCUCCAACAGAGUCUCAUGGUAAAGCCUCAGCGAAACCCCAGGAUGAAGCCCCAGCACAGGCACAGGCAGCAAUACAAGCACAGACGCAGGCUUUCAUUCCAAAUCAAAGAAGACCCCAGAAGACGCAGCCAUGGCCUCGGCAGGCUAACCCAUCGCCAAACCCGAACCACGGACUAGACCCAACGUUGUUCCAGCAAAAGAAGCGAAAGUCUGAAGUCGCGGACACUGGAACAGUAUCCGAAAAGGAAGUAAGCGAUGAGCGGACCAAGCGUCUUAGAAAAAGUGACGUGCCUAAGCCUAUCCCGGAUAUCAACAUUUCAAUGGAGAGAAGGAUCCGUUUCGAGGACGUGCACCAGGGAGGCACGCCCAAGUACAUGCAUACCAUCAUAAAAUGGGAUGACGGUAAAUAUUACAUUCUCUACUGCGAAGAGCACGGCGUCCACUUUAGGCAGAGAGCUCUCACGGCAGCGGCGAAACAUCUUGACUCCAUAGCGCAUGGUAAGAUGAGUCGUCAUCACCCCCAGGCCCUGGAGCAACUCGGCCGCGUCAUCGUCGACUGCGAUGACGAGAAGAUGUGCAAGCACAACGCAAUUGUGACCAAAGCGUUUGAGAACGGCUAUUGCUUACCUUCAACCGAAUCUCUUCUUCAAGAGAAUCAAACAGCUUCGAUCACGGACUCUGCCACCGCCGGAACAACAGCCGAAGAGGGUUCACAUCAAGCCCAUACAUCGCAGCCCAGUCAACAAAUACGGGUUGAGCCGGGAGUAAACGCGACACACAAAAUAUCUCACUUCCAUAAGGUUGACAAGCGAAAGUCCUCCAGUCGAGAAAUUAUCGUCAACCCCGUGGCUGGAAAACUCUACUAUGCGACCCCAAAGCUUUGGUAUCUCGACAGAACGAAAAAGUACAUUGUCAUGAUUCUGGCGUGGAAGGACCUCACGAUUUGCGGUCUUCCCGGUACCACGUUGAGUCAACUAGAACUUAUUCAGCAGGCACAACGCAAAGCCUGCUAUGCCUACGAUGCUCAGGGCAUCGCUGGAUGGAUGCCCGACUACGAGGACGGCGGCAAACUUGUUAAAAAGCGCUGGUUCCCCGUCAUUUGGUUCGAGGGCACCAAAACAGAGGACAACCGAGAAGGUUGGGCUCGCGCCGAGGAGCUCUCGAACUUUAAUCUCUUCCCCAUUCCUAAAAGAAAUGCAAAUCACCCACAGAUCAGAGCACGCGAGUGGUACUUCCGAUGCCAUCCCGAGGAAGCGCCUGCAAGUCUGGGUCCAUUCUCGAACGGCCGCUUGGGCGCGGGCACCAUUGGAGCAACGCGAGCUUCAACUGUUGCCUCGGCCGUUGGACGCCCGAAGGAUGCCCAACGCAUUGCUGAGAUCGAUGAUACUGACUCUGAUAGCGAGUCUGCUGUUGAGGAAGAGCCCGAGCGGCGCAGUCGUCCGCCUAUGGAAGACCAUGCCAGCGAUAGCGAUUACCACGCCUCUGAUGAUCGAGACAUGGCUGAAUCAGUUUCCUCUUCGCAGUCCUCGCGGCACCCGAAACCGCCGCCAGGCAGGAGUGCUCAAGAGUUACGUUCCAAGGCCACCGAGUCGGAAGCUGUGCGUCCCGUGACCCCUGUUCGCGUUGGAGCAGCAGCCGGCACUCGCUCCUCGACGAAGAAGCAGUCCGUGGGACAUGACAUUGACAUGGAAGAUGCACCCCUGGUGCUCUCGCCAUUGAGCCGGCGUGCUCGCAAAAGCACCCAGGAGGAAGAGCCAAAUACGCGAGCCAUGGCGGUCACGCCUCGGGCACCUCGGGACCAGCCUUCGAUUCAAUUGGGAACCCCUCUGGCCAAGAAGGCGUCCCAGCUUACUGCAGCGAUCGAAGAUCAGGAGACUAGUCCGCCAGCUGCGUCUGACAAGACACCCGAGCUUCGGAGACACGAGACUCCAGAGACAGCCCGCCCACUUGUUCAAGUGGUUCGGGAACCUCCGCAGGAACCUCCACAGGAACCUCCACAGGAGAGUACCCGGGAUGAGCCAGCACCCGCGGGCGGAGUUGUCGGGACGAAUUUGCAGGACUUCGUGGAUCAAGCUCGCCAACGGCUUGUCGAUCAGGCGUGCCUCAAGGUUGCUACGGAGGCCAUUCAAGAAGUGAUCGGUCGAAAGCCCCCAGUCUCAGCCGCCGCCGUUGACGCGUCUGACAAGAAUGGGGCGGAAGCGGUCAGCACUGCUGUUAACGGCCCAGGACAAAAGACGGCGCAGCAGCCUCCACAGGACGGGAAUGAGGAUCAGGCCCCGGUAAUAGGUGCCGAGGACGAUGAGCCGUCGGUUGCCAGGAGUAUAACACCUGGGUCUCUUCCGCAGCGAGCAGUCAAAGACUCUAUUGCGGUACCGUCUGCUGAGCGGACUGUUUCCGACGAGCCCACGACAUUGGCACAAGAAUCGCACGCGAAAAGGGCGUCAAACAAUGCAGAGAACGGCGACGGGGAUGGAGAUGGAGACGUUACGUCAAACCAGGCAGCCAAGGCCAGCAACAUGCCUGCCACUAGUAGCAGCGCGACCGCCAGGGUCAACGGAGCGUCGACAAGCAACAGCCCCGUCGAGGGCAGCAAUGCCGCACCGACCUCUACGAUUUCCCAGCCAAUUGUUAUGAACGCCGAUCCACGUGCGGUAGACCCGGGUGAUCGCUGGCGAGCUGUUCGGACAUCUGAUUCACCAACCGCUAGAGCUCCUACACAUACUGCUAUACCCUCUCCAGUGCCCGCAACUCGAGACGACGGAGAACAGAACCCGACGACCAAGACGACACCAGUACCGCCGCCGGUCUCAGCAACACCCACGGCGGCAACGUCGGUUCCAGAAGAACCGCCAAAGACAGCCCCGGCCGCUCAAGACGGCAUAUCAGAGCCGUCUCGAGCGCCAGCACCAGAAACUCCCAACGCACCGACAAGAUCGGCCAACGAAGCCAGCUUGAAAGCGGUUACAGAACCUUUGGCGAGAUCCCGCACGUCGACGCCGGCGGCUCCGUCGCCUGUCCCCGGCUCACCGGCUGCCCGAGCCGAGCCUGGCGCAGGCGGCACCGUGUGGAACGUGUCAUCGUUUAAACAAGGGAACCGACGGUGGUCCCACCCAUCGCUCUCUCUCAGCUUGGCUGUGGACGAGGCGGGCGUGGCGAGAACGAGCGACGCAGACGAAAUGGACGUGGCCAUUGACCCACGGGCCGUUCAGAGCAUGCAGUACAGCCAAACGGCAGAUAAAUCUCGCGCCGAGGUCAUCUUGAAACCGAAGGAAGGCAUGGUGGAGCAGAAGAUGACAUUCACUGUUGGCAGUGGUCGAAAUAAGAUGCAGAGCUUGAAGUUUGUGCGUUGGAUGCGCAAUGUCAAUCCAGCGAUAACGAUGCUGAAUGGACCGACGCUGCCGCCCCUGUGA